GGGAAAACGGUUCAGGAUUAACUUCAGCGCUGAGCAGGUUCGCUCAAGGGACUCAAGCAUGAGUGAGGGAUUCAAGAGGAUGGUGUUCGCGGCCUUGCUGUGUGUCAUCACUGAGAUCAGCUACACUCAAGGUUUCGGUCAGAAUGGCUGGACAAUUGCGACCCCGAGCAGGCUGACAGGUAAGGAAGGAAAGACCACUGUCCUGAUCUGUAAGUUUACUCAUCCUCACCCAGGAUAUCCAGGAAAUAUCACUGUUACAUGGAAGGAGGUGCGGGCAAAUGUGAUGCUCUACAGUUACACAAACUAUCCAUCGCUGAACUCGCAGAGCGUGGUGUUUGAGAAUAUGAUCCUCCAGAAUAUGAACAAGCGUUACCAAGUGCUUGGGAAUCCAAGGGAGAAUGAUGCUUCCAUAAUCAUCAAACAGCUGUCUCUACAUGACAACUAUCAGCAAUAUAUUUGCCUUGUGAAUCUGAGCCACUAUCCAAAUGAAACAUCACAGAGUUCAAUUCAAACAAUUACUGUGGUGCCAGCUUCAAGGAAUGAUUUGGUGCCAGUGACCGGGAAGAGGGGAGAUCCUGCCACACUGCCCUGUGCCUUUAACCCCUGCAAAUGGCUCUCCCAGUCCGUCACUGUCCUGUGGAUGAAGGCGAGCCCAGACAAGGAGUCCACUAUUUUGAAUCAAACUCGUUUCCUCUGCGCUGGCUGUCACUAUGUCGACACGGUCACUGUCAAUGAAGGACAGCGAUAUGAACUGACUGGAAACCUGACCCAAGGAGACGCCUCCAUCAGAGUGAGGGACCUGUGGCUGAACGAUUCCAGCAUUUAUUUCUGUCAUGUCCACGUCAGGAUUGGCAAUCAGGAAAAUGUGACUCAGGAUGUGGUGAGGCUCCAGGUUGACGCCCCAGCGACGAUCCUGGAGCUGUCGGCUCUGAGAGAGAAUGGCACUGGAACCGUUAUCGUGUGCCGCGUGGUGGGGGAGCCAUUUGCCAACAUAACGUGGGUAGACCCUAAAGGAAGCCCCGUGUCCAGGGGCGUGACAGUCACCCGAGAGCCUGUGAGGCAUCAGACCCUGGGAAAGCUCCAUAACCCGGCACUGAGAGGGACGUACAGCUGUGUGGCUGAAAACAAACACGGCAGGGACUCUCAACAGAUUGACUUCCCCUCUACUGACAACAACUACUCCAAUUUCAUCGUGGGAAUGCUGUGCCUGAUCCCUUUAAUCAAAUUUCUCCUCCUGCUGGUGACAGGGAUCAUUCUCUUCAUGAAAAUAAAAGAUUAAAUGACCAUCAAGUGGAGGGUGAGACAUCCAUGGCUUCCGUACGAACGCUUUCUUAUUCCCCUCUCCCUCUGCACCAAGGUCUUAUCCUGAAUGCGACUCAUAAUUAUCCAUCAGGAUAGACUUUGUUUUGUCCUCUUUCCUGGUUUUACUUCUUCGCUCUGGUGGAUGCUCCCAGUGUGGUCCUGGGGGAGUUCUGCACCAUUGGAGACACCGUAUUUCUGGCGGGAUGUUAAAGUGGGGCCCUGCCUGACCUCUCAUGGGGGAGUGAAAUGUCCCCUAUCCAUUUCAAUGAAAAGCUGCAUGGCUGCAUUGGGAGCGGGGGCUUGUCCAAAAUUUACCUCUCAAUUGGCGUCGUGAAGGAAAGAAAUUGUCCUGUGUUUGCGGGAUCUUGCUGUGCUCAAAAUGAUCGCGGUGUUUCCUGCCUUUCAAUUGUGAUAGAUCAUAGACAAUGUCAGGAAGUCGCGUUCUAUCCUGCAAAUUGAUUUUGGUGUGUCGGACUUUCUCUGUAUUUCCUGCUCUCCAAGUCAUCCAGCUUUUACCUACUUCCUAGAUAACAAAGUGUGGAGCUGGAUGAACACAGCAGGCCACGCAGCAUCU